AUGGCCGCUGGUAGUUCCACAGGCCAUUCCUUGGCUCGCGUAGCCAUUGAUCGCGGCGGCACCUUUACCGAUGCUAUCUGCUCCAGGAAGGGCCACGAUGACAUCGUCCUCAAGCUUCUCUCUGUAGACCCAGCCAACUACCCAGAUGCUCCCACUGAAGCCAUCCGUCGCAUCCUCAGGGAGCUCGAAGGUCGCGACAUCCCAAAAGGCACCAAGCUCAGCCUAGACAAGAUCGAAAGCGUCCGCAUGGGUACCACCGUAUCGACUAACGCGCUUCUGGAGCGCCGCGGUGAGAAAUGCGCCCUCAUUACCAGCAAGGGCUGGAAGGACGUGCUCCUGAUCGGCAUGCAAGCCCGCCCAGACAUCUUCGACCUGAGCAUCCACAAGCUAGCUUUCCUCUACGACGAGGUCGUCGAAAUUGACGAGCGCAUUACUCCCCUCCAGUCUCUUGUGCGACCCAAGGUCCCGGUUCCCCGAGACGACGACAGCAUUGUCACCGAGACGACAACAGGCGAGACCGUGCGCGUCCUUGCCCGCCCUGAUCCUGAGGAUGUUAAGGCCAAGCUCCAAGAACUGUGGAACAAGGGCACGAAGAGUAUUGCGGUCGCUUUCGUCCACAGCUACCUGUGGGGAGAGCACGAGGAACUGGUUGCUAAAAUCGCCCGCGACAUGGGCUUCCAGGUCAGCGUGUCGAGCCAGCUGCAGCCCAUGAUCAAGCUCGUGUCGCGUGCCAACUCGGCCAUUGCCGACGCGUACCUCACCCCUGUGACCAGGAGAUACAUCGAGGGCUUUGGCUCCGGAUUCGAGGGCGGUCUUGACGCGUUCGGCUCCAAGCUGCUUUUCAUGCAGUCGGACGGUGGGCUGUGUCCCUGGCACGGUUUCUCCGGACUUCGAGCUAUUCUCAGUGGCCCUGCUGGUGGUGUUGUCGGCUAUUCCAAAACAUGCUACGAUGAGGAGCUCGGAAGUCCCCUGAUUGCUGUGGACAUGGGAGGCACCAGUACUGAUGUCUCACGUUUUGAUGGCAAGCUCGAGCAUGUCUUCGAGACGACCACAGCUGAGGUUAUCAUUCAAGCGCCUCAGCUUGACAUCAACACUGUUGCCGCCGGCGGUGGUAGCCGCCUGUUCUACCGCCAUGGGAUGUUCGUCGUUGGUCCCGAGUCUGCGACUGCACACCCUGGCCCUGCCUGCUACCGAAAGGGUGGCCCUCUCGCUGUCACAGACGCAAACCUCAUCCUUGGUCGCCUUCUUCCGGAGUACUUUCCCAAAAUCUUCGGUCCAAACGAGGAUGAGCCUCUCGACAUCGAGGCCAGCCAGGUGCUCUUCAACGCGCUCACAGAAGAAAUCAACCAAGGCAAGAAUGAGAAGCUCACGGUGGAGCAAGUGGCAGCAGGCUUCCUCCGUGUCGCAAACGAGACCAUGUGCCGGCCCAUUCGCACGUUGACUGAGGCUCGCGGAUUUGAGAGUUCCGCCCACCACCUUGUCAUGUUUGGUGGUGCAGGCGGACAGCAUGGCUGCAGCAUUGCCAACACACUGAAGAUCAAGCGCAUUAUCGUGCCGCGUCUCUCGUCGCUCCUCUCAGCAUACGGUAUGGCCCUCGCCGAUGUUGUGCAGGAAAUCUCGGAACCUUCCGCAUACGUCAUCACCGAGAACCGCGACGUCAAGCAGAUCGGCGAGCGCAUGUCCUCCCUCGUGGAGCGCGCCCAGGAGACGCUCAAGAAGGAGGGAUUCUCUCUCGACCGCAUUCUGUGUGAGCGUUACCUCAACUGUCGCUACCACGGCUCCUCAACUCAGCUCAUGAUUGAGCUCCCGGAGGAUGGGGACAUUCAGCGCCGCUUCGUCGACGAGCACCGCCGCGAGUUUGGCUUCAACCUCGAGCGCGACAUCUUGGUUGACGACGUUCGUGUGCGUGCAAUUGGUCGGAGUGUCGGCUCCAGCACCCGCAGCCCCUAUGCCGACUUCGACAAUGCCGACAAGUGCGCGUACAAUGUGUCGUCAUUCGAGUCUAAGAAGGUCUUCUUCGAGGAUGAGGGUUGGCUUGAGACCAAGGUUGUGCCUCUUCUCUCUCUCAAGGACGGCGAGCAAGUUCGCGGUCCCGCGAUCAUCUUCGACAAGACGCAGACGAUCCUUGUCGAGCCAAACCACCUCGCCACUUCACUGCCUGAGCACGUUGUUCUGGACCUUGUCGAUGAGAAGGUCGAGAAGAAGGACGUCAUUCUGGACGAUCUUGACCAGGUUGACCCUGUUCAGCUGUCAGUCUACGGUCACCGUCUUAUGGGUAUUGCCGAGCAGAUGGGGAACAUUCUUCGCAAGAUCUCGAUUUCCCUCAACAUCAAGGAACGUCUCGACUACUCGUGCGCCAUCUUCAAUGUCGACGGCGGCCUUGUUGCCAAUGCCCCACACAUCCCGAUCCACUUGGGAGCGAUGUCGCACGCUGUCCGUUACCAGUCCCAGGUUCACGGCGAUACUCUGAAGGAAGGCGACAUCCUGCUGUCAAACCACCCGGCGGCUGGUGGCUCUCACCUUCCUGACUUGACUGUGAUCAUGCCGGCGUUCCACGAAGGAAAAAUCGUCUUCUGGACGGCUGCACGUGCACACCACGCCGACAUUGGUGGUAUCCGUGCCGGUUCCAUGCCACCGUUCUCGAAGGAGCUGUGGGAGGAAGGCGCCCAGUUCAAGUCGUUCAAGCUUGUCAAGGCCGGCAAGUUCGACGAGGAAGGUCUGACCGAGGCGCUGAAUGCACCGGGAAAGUAUCCCGGAAGCAGUCCUACGCGCACUCUGGGAGACAAUAUCUCCGACCUCCAUGCCCAGGUCGCUGCCUGCCACCGCGGGGCGGUCCUCAUCAACCAGCUCAUCGACGAGGAAUCUCUGGAAACGGUGCAGUUCUACAUGCGCGCGAUCAUGUACACCGCCGAGAAGGCUGUGCGUGAUCUCCUCCGUGAAGUCAACAAGAAAUUCGGCGGUAAACCUCUUGAGGCCGUCGACUUCCUGGAUGACGGCACGAAGCUGCAGCUCAAGAUCUCGAUCGAUAGCGAAAAGGGCGAUGCGGUCUUUGACUUCACCGGUACCAGUCCACAGACAUACAACAACCUCAACACACCGACCGCUAUUCUCUACUCGGCCAUCAUCUACGUCCUGCGUUCCUUGAUCGUCAGCGAUCUGCCUCUCAACCAGGGAUGUCUCAACCCCAUCCGGGUGGUCGUGCCGCCUGAAUCGGUACUUGCGCCCACAGAGAACGUGGCCGUGUGCGCUGGCAAUGUGGAGAGCUCGCAGCGUGUCACAGAUGUCAUCAUCAAGGCGUUCCAGGCUUGCGCAGCGGGGCAGGGAGGCUGCAACAACCUGACGUUUGGCAUUGGACCCAAAGAGGUCGACGGCAAGGCUGCAAACGGCUUCGGUUACUAUGAGACCAUUGCCGGUGGAGCUGGAGCUGGAUCGACAUGGGAGGGUCAGAGCUGCGUGCACGUGCAUAUGACCAACACGGCUAUUGGAGACGUUGAACUGACAGAGCGCGUUUACCCUGUCAUCAUCCGCGAGUUCAGCCGGCGCGCUAACUCCGGUGGCGCUGGUCAGCACCGUGGCGGCGAUGGGUGCAUCCGUGACAUCGAGUUCACUGAGGAACUGGACGUGGCGAUCUUGUCACAACGUCGCGUGAUCCCACCAUACGGCAUGGCAGGUGGCGAGCCAGGAGUGUGUGGCAUCAAUCAUUGGGCGCGCUUGGUACCUGCAGAGAAGGACGCAGGUAACGGCAACGGCAAGCGGGAGAAGAAGUACACGAUCAUCAACCUCGGCGGAAGCAACCAGUGCACCAUGAGCCCGGGCGACCGCAUCAUCAUCCAGACGCCAGGUGGUGGUGGGUACGGGAAGGCUGGCGAGGACGCGAAGACAGAGCAGCGCGAUCUCCCCGUGCAACCGCGGGCAUCCGGCAGCCUGGCUGCAAUGAAGCAGACGGCGUGGUCCAACUAG